AUGACAGGGCUACUAGACCUGCCCAGCGAGGUUAUUCUGAUGAUCGUUGGGUAUUUACAAACACAAUCGCAUGAAAAGGGCAUCCUGAUGCCCUUUUACUGGUUCAGUGAUGCAUAUCGCCAGACUGUCUUCGAACAUGAUCAGCCGCCUCAAGUGAAGGACCUGCACUCCCUUCUCCUCACUUCGCGACAAUUCAAAGCUCUUCUUCAGCCAAUCCUCUACCGUGAUAUCUCUGUACGCAAGUGGUUACGCUGGAACGAGAAAAGACCAUUUGACCAGCUUAAAUGGAGCCUAGGGAACACUCCCAGCUUGCAGAACCUUAUCAUUACAGCGAUGGUUCCUUGCGUUACGCCUAGCACCAUGUAUGAUGUCAGUGAUCUAUUUUGGUAUCCUUACCUGAAGGAUCUCACCAUUUCUGAAUUCAAGGACUGGGAAGAACUUGAGUUCGAAGACAACGCACACGUUGGUACCUCCGCGGUGGAACAUCUGAGAUUGAUCAGUUGUGGUGCACAAGAAGAGGCUCUGGCAGCCGUGCUGAGCUGGCCAAAGGCUUUAAAGACACUCUCCUAUGACGCCGAACAGGGAGAGUGGGGUGGUCAUAUUGAAGAUCAACCCAUGAAAGAAUGGUCAUGUGAGGCCUUUGUUCGAACGCUGCAGCCACAAAAGGAAACCCUGGAGGAACUAGUCAUGACAAGACCUCGCCUGGAACAUGAAGGGUUAUUCGAGGGACCAGCCAUUAAAUUGGGGGGAUUUUUCGGCCUUGAAAGUCCUGCGCAUUUUUCACGUUUUUCUUUGUGGUUGGGAUGGCUCAGAUGGGAUCUCAGCACGUUUGCCUCCUAA